AUGUUAAUGGAUUUCUCAGAGCCGACUACGAGUAUGCUACCUAAUCAUUUUGAUGAUAACGAUCGCGUACCCAUGGUAUUUUCGGAGUCUUUACACCCACGCCUUAUGUCGCAGCAUGACUAUUCUGCCCAGAAACUAGUACGACGAGGAAGUGAAGCGGAUUGCGAUUGUUUCUCCACAGCCGACUACAACCGAUCCCAAGUGUGGUUCUACCAAGGCAUGAAUUCUAAAAAAGCGGAAAGAUUGUUACAAAGUUUUGGAUUUGAAGAAGGGUUAGUUGAACAGUGUUAA